ACAAACACUUUCAUUAAAGGUGACGGUCCUGAAAGAGAGAAAUUAGAGGUACACGGAAAAAAAUGUCUAAGCGCGGAAAAUUUCAAAAUACAGAAGAGUGGCGCCAGAAAAUGCGCGAGCGUCUUCUACGCCCUCCUCCCAGUAAACCACCUUCCGAGACUGUCAUUAAUAUGAAUUCCGACGAACGACGUUACAGCCUGCAAGUUGUUGAGGACUUUAAGGCCAUUGCUGCGGCCAGAAAAGCAGAACGCGAGAAGCAAGAUCAGCAGAAGCGCGAGCAGGAGAUGUGCGAGCAAGAGAAGCCCAAAAUGAGCAUUUGCGACGACACAAUGUUUCCCAUGUCAGAUGACAUUUCGAACGAAUUUGACGGAGCGGAUGAAAGUUUCGCUGCUUAUGAGCGCAUGUGUGACAAAACCGGCUCAGAUCCGGACAGCACGCUCUUCCAGUACUUGCACAGCGAAGAUAAGGAGAAGGUGCUGGCCAAGGUCAAGGAGCGUAGCGGCAUGAUGGAUUUUAGUUCAGCUAAAACUCACGAAAUGGAAGUCGAGGCGCUGCGACGGAUGCUCGAUCAGGUCAAUGCACAUGAGCUGUUGGAUAAUGAAAGCCCACUUAAAGGUGUGGAAUGCUCCCAAUUGGAGGAUGUCGAGGCGCCCUCGCGGUUCUGGGACAACACUGUGGUGGGCAACGAAUCAGUUUUUCAGCCUUCAACCGAAACGUCGCCAGUGAAAAUGGUCGGCCUGAUGCGUCCCUCCACCAUUCUGGAGGCCAACGAAGCCGACCUAACGGCAGCCUUGUCGGAGACAUCCUCUUCCUCUAGCUUUCAUACCGCACUUAAACCUGCGCCCAGCACUGACACAAUUGCCUCGAGCUGCUAUGAAACGGCAGCUGACAAUUCAGCAGGAAGUGGAUCAAAUGCUAGUUCCAACUUGCUGAAUGUCGAUGACUUAUUCUAUGCAGCUAUUGCCAAGGCCAAGCCUCCUGGCAUGUCAAUGGGUGAGGAGGUGGAGUUGCUUCAUGAUUUGCAUAUCAGCCUGCUUGACUGUGCUGGUGCCACCAAUGAAACGUUAUGCGAUAAAGUUGAUGUCAAGGUGGAGCUGCAUGCCAGCCUGCUUGACCGUGAUGGUGACACCAAUGAAACGUUGUGCGAUAAUGCUGAUGUCAAGGAAGAGACUAUCAUAGAGCUUUCCUCCGACGAAGAAGAUGAGAAGAAACCGGAAAAAGGGGAGCCAGAAUCGUCACUUUCGCAAUGCGAUUUCAAUGAUAACAAGGAGAAUGAGGGGGAGAGCGAAAAGUCAGUGCAUUUUAAUGAUACCAUGGAGGAAAUGGAAUACUUUAUGCAAAAAGGCAUGGAAUACAUUGCCGCCCAGGCACAAACACAGGUGGUGACAUCUGCUUCAAAAUUGGAACCGCCAAUGCUUCAAAAGCAAAACACGUUUACCAAGUCACCUAAGCCUAUGAUGCAAACACAAGCAGAAUCGCCAGUUUUUGCAAAGCCAUCAACACCAUUGAGCAGCAAGAAUAAAACUCCACUCCAGGCUGGUGCAAUCAAAAAGCAAUCCAACGAGAUCCUGCACUUUUCGAAGCCCAAGGGCAAAUUUUUCGAAACGCCAACAUCCAGCAUACCGACACGCCGCCAUUUAGAACUGAAGCAGCCCUUCACACACAUUGUCAGUCCGAUACGCGCCUAUAUGGAUAAGUCGGGUAAGGCGCCACUUAUGACCAUGUUCAAGCCUACCAUUGAUGCCUACCGCUCUAUGGCGUUCACUGAGCUCGAGCACGAGUCGCGUCUGUGCAGUUCGGGUGCCGCCCCAAUAAAUGAACUUAAUUUUGCGUCACUCAAUCACAUGAAUACGAAUCUACUGCCCAAAAAGGCUUAUAUAUCCUCGGAAAUUAAACAUAUUGUUGAUAAGCGCACGCCCAUGCCGAUGCCCAGCGUGCCAAAGAUACAAAAGUUUCUUGACGCAGCCGUGGAACCCUCAGUGCUACGUCACGAUGGCAAGGCCAAAAUGCCUACUUCUGGAGCAGCCUCACACAUUCCGCGUCGUCAAAACCUAAGUCUGGCCGAUCUUUCUUUGGCCUCCGGCGAUAUAUCCAUGUAUACAAUAAAGGAUGCUCAAAAGUUUUAGCUUUAUACUCGCGUAUUUUAAAGCUAAUUUUGUGUGCAUAUUGAAUUCGAAACAUAUUAAUUGCAAAUGUAAUAUGUACAAACACUUAAUAUUUAGUAAAUGCCAACGUUUCAUCUUAAGCGUAUCAUUACCAGAUUUUCCA